AUGGCUGAGAAGGCCUCAGAGGACACAGGGCAGUGGACUGAGGCUGCUCCCCAGAAUGCCUUGGGCUUCCAGGACAGCUUGUUCUCCUCUGAAAGUGACAACAGUCUCUACUUCACCUACAGUGGCCGUUCCAAUACCUUGGAGGUCCGAGACCUCAACUACCAGGUGGACCUGGCCUCCCAGGUGCCUUGGUUUGAGCACCUGGCUCAGUUCAAGAUGCCUUGGACAUCCCACAAGAACUCUCCUGAGCUGGGGAUCCAGAAUCUGAGCUUCAAAGUGAGGAGUGGCCAGAUGCUGGCCAUCAUAGGGAGCACAGACUGUGGGAGAGCAUCUUUGCUGGAUGUGAUCACUGGACGAGGCCCAGGGGGCAAGAAUAAAUCCGGGCAAAUCUGGAUCAACGGGCAGCCCAGCACGCCUCAGCUGGUGAGGAAGUGCGUGGCCCACGUGCGCCAGCACGACCAGCUGCUCCCCAACCUGACUGUCCGCGAGACCCUCGCGUUUGUUGCUCAGUUGCGUCUGCCCAGAACCUUCUCCCAGGCCCAGCGUGACAAAAGGGUGGACGACGUGAUCGCGGAACUGCGGCUGCGGCAAUGCGCCAACACGCGCGUGGGCAACACGUACGUGCGCGGGGUGUCCGGGGGUGAGCGGCGAAGAGUCAGCAUUGGGGUGCAGCUUCUGUGGAAUCCAGGGAUCCUCAUUCUGGAUGAACCUACUUCUGGGCUCGACAGCUUCACAGCUCACAAUCUGGUGAAGACCCUGUCCAGGCUGGCCAAAGGGAACAGGUUGGUGCUCAUCUCCCUCCAUCAGCCACGGUCGGACAUCUUCAGGCUCUUUGACCUGGUCCUCCUGAUGACAUCGGGCACUACCAUCUACCUGGGAGCGGCCCAGCACAUGGUCCAGUAUUUUACAGCCAUCGGCCACCCCUGCCCUCGCUACAGCAACCCUGCGGACUUCUAUGUGGACUUGACCAGCAUCGAUAGGCGAAGUAAAGAGCGGGAAGCAGCUACCAGGGAGAAGGCUCAGACACUUGCUGCCUUGUUUCGAGAGAAAGUACGUGACUUUGAUGACUACCUGUGGAGAGCAGAGGUGACAGAAAGCACAGACCCCUGUGCAGGGAGCCCGGGCCUCCCGAGAGACAGCAAUCCGCUCCCGCCUCCUGCCAAGCUGCCUGGGCCUGCGCAUCAGUUUACCACCCUGAUACGUCGUCAGAUUUCCAACGACUUCCGAGACCUGCCCACUCUCCUGGUCCACGGGGUAGAGGCCUGCCUGAUGUCACUCAUCAUCGGCUUCCUCUACUACAAUCAUGGGGCCAUCAAGCUCCCCUUGAUGGACACGAUGGCCCUCCUAUUCAUGAUCGGGGCUCUCAUCCCUUUCAACGUGAUCCUGGAUGUCAUUGCCAAGUGUCAUUCAGAGAGGGCGAUGCUUUACUAUGAGCUGGAAGACGGGCUGUACACCGCGGGGCCAUAUUUCUUUGCGAAGAUCCUAGGGGAGCUUCCAGAACACUGCGCCUACAUCAUCAUCUAUGGGAUGCCCACCUACUGGCUGACCAACCUGCGCCCGGGGCCGGAGCCCUUCCUGCUACACUUCCUGCUGGUGUGGCUGGUGGUCUUCUGCUGCAGGACCAUGGCCUUGACCACCGCAGCCCUGUUCCCCACCUUCCACAUGUCCUCCUUUUGUGGCAACGCUCUCUACAACUCCUUCUACCUCACCGGGGGCUUCAUUAUAAGGCUAGACAACCUGUGGACAGUGCCUGCCUGGAUUUCCAAAUUGUCCUUCCUCCGGUGGUGUUUCGAAGGGCUGAUGCAGAUCCACUUUAAAGAGCAAACAUAUCCCUUGACAGUUGGCAACCUCACCAUCCCUAUCCGGGGAGAUGAUAUCCUCAGCUACAUGGGCCUGGACUCCUACCCGCUCUACACUAUCUACCUCAUCCUCAUUGGCAUCAGCAGUGGCUUCGUGGUUCUGUACUAUUUGUCACUAAGGUUCAUCAAACAGAAAUCAAGUCAGGACUGGUGA